GCAACACUAACUGGACGUAGCGGUGGCACUUCUCACAGGCUUGGCAGCAACGAUCUCCACAAGUCCAGGAAUAACGUAUAUUUGUCUGGUGGCAGGUACAGUGUUACCACAUGCUUUGAUACCUCGUGAACGGUAUCAGAUACCUAGUGAAUAUUAGAUACCUUGUGAACGAUACCAGAUGUCUCGUGAAUAGUAGUGGAUACCUCGUGAAUACCAGAUACAUCGUGAACGGUACAGUAUACCUUGUGAACGAUACUAGAUACCUGGUAAAGGGUACCAGAUGCCUUGUGAACGGCACGAGGCACUUCAUGAACUGUACUGGAUAUCUCAUGAGUGUUGCAGAGCCUCAGCACAACAAAUGGCAAAAUAAAGAAUAACCGAAUUUGGCGUUACGAAUUUACACACACAGAUGAGGAUAACACUGUUCUACCUAUCUCAGAUGUCUUCCUGAAAACGAACUUAAACACCCAGGACACCGAGAAUGGGAUGUCUCGAGCCAGUAGGACGUCCACAUACAUCAUCACCAGGGAGGAUGGGACCGAAAAGUACCUUUAUAAUGAGGAUCCUCUUGCUGGUGCCUCUGCUAGUUGUUGGGAAUGUUGGAGGACAGAAUAUCCCAGACGUGGUGUGUGAUGGUGAUAGUGACUGUGAUGGCUGGCAGUGGGCGGCGCCCCUCCCACAGUGUGUCUCGUUCAGUUGUCGUUGUCCUGAAGGAACCUGCGUUAUCUACACUCUCAGUAGUAGUGAAUACCUCUACUACUGCGGCGACUGUGGCACUCUGGGAUCACAGUGCAACGACACUUUAGAGUGCAAUGAACACUGGGUGUGUUCCAACGGCUUCUGUAAGUGUAAGGAUGGUUUCGUCUACAGAGAAUUGUGCGUGACGUACCAGCCACUACCCACGUCAGUCAGCAGUGUAGUGCUCAUCGUCAUCUUGGCUGCCCUCCUCCUCGCCCAGAAACUCAUCAGCUCGAGGAAGGCAAUUAAAAAGUGCUUCAGUCGGAGUUCAGAGGACUCGGAGGAGGAAACUAGAGUUGUGGGGUAUAAUCCUGAGAGCAACAACAAGACAGCUGCCUUCACCGUUGCCAACUCAGACUUCAUGGCUACUUCCGACGAUCCUGACCUGGAGUUGGCGCUUGAGCUCUCUCGUAGAUUCUCACCCAGUGGGGCGGAUUGGUUGCUGCAGCCUACAUCCACCUGGUCCACCAUAAGUUCCUCCACCACCAGUAGGCCUAAUAUGCUCUCUUCCAACCGAGGCUCGUCACAGCCAGGACCGUCAGGGCUGCGAACAAGGUUAUCCUCGUUAGUGAGCAACAGGUCAUCCAACUCGUCGCUAUCUCCCUGCCACCGCUCAACACACCUCUCCAUAUCUUCCUCUUCCUCCACACUAUCUGAGGCUCCGUCCAUAUUACCCUACUUUCCCUCUCGUCCUGACUCAAACAUCUCCACAUUAUCCUCUCACAGAUCAACAUCGACUAUCUCCAGGAGCAGCAGGCCCAGCGCCUUCAUGUCGUUUUUCCCAUCGUUGACGUCGCACCAUUUGUCAGUGUCUAACCACGACAAUGACGCCAGUGAAAACGACGUCACAGUGUCCAGACUCUGAUACACUGUUACACCACUAAACUGGCAUUAUUUAGCAAUUUUCAAAGCAAGAUCUAAGGACGAAUUGGAAAGUUACUCGGUGCAGCUCUUGGGUGAAAUGUAGUCGUCUUCAGUAGAAAAUGCUAAUAUUUCAAUGUGGAUUUGAGUCCUCCCAUACGCUGAAGACUGCUGAUCUUUGUGUCAGUGGUGCUGAAGACGUAGGUGUUGCUGAACACUUAGUGGUUAAUGUAGACUUAGUCGUGUUUUUAAAGGACAGGUCUAAUCCAGGAGACGGACUGCAGUUUUUCAGUUCCUAGCAAAUGACAAAUUGAAAAUUAACCUAGACCUAGCCGAAACUUCUGACUAGUUUCCAUUUCCAGUCUCUGUUAGCUACGACUUGUUUUAGCCACGAUAUUGUUAAUUUUUUUUCCACGAAUGUAUCGAGAGCAUUUAUCAUAUUCAUCCACGAACCAUGGCUGGUAGUAGCGGAUAAUUAGGUAUAAAAAAUGAAGAUUAUUUGUUAUUUAUUAAUAGAUAUCUUCAGCGAUGGGUUUAAUUUGGACUAGGAAAAAUGUUGAUAAAAAAAAAUAUAUCAUCGCCUAGUUUGACAGGAAAACAUUGCAACGUGAUGGAGUAUUACGGGAAAGCACUCCUGUGUGAUGGAGUAUUACAGGAAAGCACUCCUGUGUGAUGGAGUAUUACGGGAAAGCACUCCUGUGUGAUGGAGUAUUACAGGAAAGCACUCCUGUGUGAUGGAGUAUUACGGGAAAGCACUCCUGAGUGAUGGAGUAUUACGGGAAAGCACUCCUGUGUGGAGUAUUACAGGAAAGCACUCCUGUGUGAUGGAGUAUUACGGAAAAGCAUUCCUGAGUGAUGGAGUAUUACAGGAAAGCACUCCUGUGCGAUGGAGUAUUACGGGAAAGCACUCCUGUGUGAUGGAGUAUUACGGGAAAGCAUUCCUGAGUGAUGGAGUAUUACAGGAAAGCACUCCUGUGUGAUGGAGUAUUACGGGAAAACACUCCUGUGUGAUGGAGUAUUACAGGAAAGCACUCCUGUGUGAUGGAGUAUUACGGGAAAGCACUCCUGUGUGAUGGAGUAUUACGGGAAAGCACUCCUGUGUGAUGGAGUCGACAUGAAAAGCAUCCUGAGUGAAGUAUUGACAAUAAACCAUGCUGAGUGAUGGUACCAAUAACUCAUUACAGUUGUGACCGGGUGUGGAAGUGUGAAUUGCUCAUUACACUAUAAUUUGUUCAUGAUUGUAGCCAUGUAUAAACGUAAGUAACUAUUCUUACAGUAUUCAUUACGUUUGUAACUUGUGAGUUCAUUACCUUGUACCUAGUUCAGCCAUCAAAACUUUGGGGCCCAGUCCCUGGACCCAUUACGUACCUCUGUAAUCUGUAAAUACCUUUGUAACUUGUCAUGAUUGUGACUAGACCUACCUGGAGUUCAUUACUUUUGUAAUUUGUGAGUUCAUUACCUUUGUAAAUUGUGAAUUCAUUACCUCUGUAACUUGCUCAGCUAUCAAAACUUUGGAGUCCAGUCCCUGGACCAAUUAUGUACCUCUGAAAUCUUUUGACUACCACCCACAGGAUGGGUAUGGGGUGCAUAAUAAACAUAUUAAACUAAACUGAGUGAUGGUAAAUGACAGGAAAACCAUCCAACGUGAUGGAACACGAGACGAGUGAUUUCGACUUUUACUGAUUUUCACCAUUUUUAAAUUCCCUACACUCUAUGAAUGAUAUCAUUGAUUAAAACACCUCCACGUACAUUUCUUUGUAUCAUAGCGAUGUUUGUAUUUUGAUCAAUUACCUGCAUUAAAAUAAGAACUUACUGAUCCAAACACUAA